AUGACGACAACGACGAAAUGGGCGGACCACAAGCAUCGUCCUCGGAAGGAGAUUGUGAUUAAUAAGGAUAGAGGAACUGGGCGGUGUCAGAGCCGAGGGGAGAUUAAAUACAUUUACGCAACAGCAAAGACGGUAGCUGAGAUUCGACAGCUUAAAGGGCUGAACAUGUGCCAUUUUGCAUUGGCGUUAGAAUCAGAAGCGUACAAGGACGAGACUUCAGAGCUCGAAAUGCUUGUGUGUCUAUUCAAAUUUUAUGAGAUUCCGGCCCAUCUUCGAGAAGGGACAUGGAAAAAGGCAAGGGAGUCGUUAAACAGUAGAGUCAGAAGGCUAAGAAAAACAAUACGAGACAAGCAAACCGCUCGUGUUCGCGCAGAGGCCCGCUAUGUCUCCUCCGCCCCAACGUGGCAGGAGUGUGAAGAUGCCUCC